AUCGCAUCAUAUCAGAUGUUAUAACCAUGGAGUAGGUUAAACUUUUAUUUAUAGUUUGGUUUUACUGUUAAUUUCAGUCAUCAUGUCUUUUUCAAAUAUAUUUCUGAGACCCUUUCACACAUCUAAGGAAUGUUACCAUAUAAUUAAGAUGUCUAGGUUGAGGGUUGUGGAUAACAGUGAAAUUGGAAGGAGGGCAAUGGCUGAAGGAAAACCACCGAAAUGUAUUCAUGUCUAUAAUAAAAAGGGAGUAGGUACUAUAGGUGAUAAAGUGUUAGUUGCAAUACUAGGAGAAAAGAAGAAAGGUAUUCUUGUUGGUGUUAAAAAGCAUCAACCUCCACGAGUACCCAAAUUUGACACCAAUAAUAUAGUGCUGAUUGAUGACACAGGUACUCCUCUGGGGAAUAGAAUACAUGUGCCAAUACCUGUUAUGCUUAGGACAAUACUCAAAGAAAAAACAUUUGCCAAAGGAGUUGAUUAUACAAAAAUUCUAGCAAUAGCAUCACGGUUUGUGUGAUGGCUUUAACUUUAAUUAUUAUUGUAAAUAGAAAUAUUCUUUUGUUUUAAAAAUAAUAAAUUUUUUAUUUCAA